GCUUCAACUCUAAAGACCGCAACCGACAAUGGGGCGAGUCUUUGAGGAGUUCGUGGACAGCUCGCGCGUGUUCCGGUGCGCCAAAUGCUGCGCGCAUCUCGCGCGCAAUGAGGACAUCAUUUCUAAGAAUUUCCAAGGCACCAGCGGCAAAGCCUACCUCUUUGACACUGCAGUCAACGUGUGCACGGGUCCGCCGGAAGAGCGGAUGCUCAUGACGGGGCUGCACGUUGUACUGGACCUUUACUGCAACACGUGCUGGAGCCCCGUGGGCUGGAAAUACAAAGAAGCGCACAACCCGUCGGAAAAGUACAAAGAAGGCAAAUUCAUUCUCGAGUUAGCCAAGACGGACCAGUUGCCCUGAAGACAGCGGAGCUUACGCCAAAUCUGCGCUGGACAAGCAAGAGGACACUACAGCAACAAGGUGGACGACAAGUGACCGUGUACGCGUAUAACCAAGUGACGUUGUUGUGUAUCC